UGUAUAAAAGCUACCCGUAUUGGCGAAACGUGGACCUCUUCCACUAUAAAUAACAGAGGUGGCGCCCGAGAGAUUUAAAUUUACUACUGUACGCCAGUAAGGCUAUUUAUUUUUCACUGAACCAAAGAAAAAUAAAUUGAGACUCUUACAAAAAUGGCGCCCAAGCAUAGGGACUUGAUUGUUUUGAAGAUUGAACCGUCAAAAGUACCAGGAAAACCGGGUAAAGCUAGUAAAAGCGAGAAAGCUAUGGAAACAGUGUGAGAGGAGGUGAAAAGAAAGUAACAACCGUCGAGCAUAAGUACCUCUAGAGACAGUAAAGUCUCAGUGCUUCUGAGUUAAAGACUAGUGAAAUCUAGAGCGAUAUGGAAACUGAGGAAGAUUUUUUUCGGAUUUUUUUCGGAUUGGAUUGUACCGGGACUGUUGAGGAGAUGCGAAGAAGGAUAGUGAGAUUCAUUAGAGAAGGACAGGUGAGUCCUCAGCCGGUCUCAAAGCCUUUUGGAUUUCCUGGAAAUAGUGCUGUUGUACCGACAGUGAGCUCUACAGCCACCCUGACCACUACGACAGUGACAACUACAGUGACAGCAACCUCGAGUGGAUACAUUGCUGGACGUGUAGUGCCUUCUCCGGUGGUCUAUACUUCUACUUCACAGCCUGUCCCUCUGCCGAUAAAUCCAGGUAUGUCAAAUAGUUUUAAUACUAAUCCUAUACAAGUUUACAAAUGGGGGGUGACAUUUAAUGGUCGCUCGGACCCUGUAACAUUCUUAGAGAGACUGGAAGAAAUUUGUAUAGCACAGAAUAUACAUCCGGAUCGUUUAUUGCCACAUUUGCCAGAAGUUUUGCAAGGAGAAGCUGCGCUCUGGUACCGCAAUAACCGAGUAAAUUACAGGACCUGGGAAGAAUUUACUGGAGAAUUUAAAAUUUUUUAUUAUCCAGUAAAUUAUGAGGUGGACCUAGAGGCGAAGAUAAGUCGUCGAGUGCAAAGACAUAACGAGUCUGUCACGGCGUACAUCACUGAUCUUCAAACGUUGAUCCGCAGACAUGGCAGCAUCUCUCUGAAUCAAGAAUUGCAGUGGUUGUACAGAAAUUUGUUACCUGAAUUUCGUCAGUAUGUCCGAAGAGGAGAUUUUCACGAUAUUUCAUCGUUCUCAAGAAUAACCAAGGAGUUUGAACUGCUUAAUCAGGAACUGCAGCGAUCGUCCCGUACUUAUGCACCGUCCGAUGUCGAAGCCCGACCGAAUAAUACGCCUCGGCGAGACAGGCUGGAAAAUGAGCAUGCUGGAGCCAGGAGCAACCUGAUGGUUAUCCAGAGCCAAUCGCCGUCUCAGAGUAAACAGAGACAUGUGUCUGUUACUCCCCGUGUUUCAAGAUAUCCGUAUAGAGCGCCGAACUCUGCAAAACAGACUUCAGAAGCAAUCUGUUGGAGAUGUGGACAGACAGGACACUUCCGCAGACAGUGCACAUCCGAGCCCAAAAUCUUUUGUUCCCGAUGCAAAAAGACAGGUGUUCUUUCUAGGAAUUGUCCAUGUGUGAGCCCAAGAAAGCGGGAACCAAACCGCACAGAAAUAUCCCAGGAACAACAUUAUUCACCAACGGAGAUUGUUGAAGAAUUACCACAAAUCAUACGUCAAGAAAUUCGUCCUGUUGUGAAGAUUCGCUACCGGAACACCGACUAUUUGGCACUCCUGGAUACUGGAGCUGCCCAUUCCUAUAUUGGAAAGAAAUUGACAGAACAGUGCCAAACUUCCAAGGCAAUUCCUGUCAAACCCACGGUAAAAGGAGCGAGACUUGCUAAUGGUGCCACGGAGUCCAUUAGCACAGCAUUUAGGAUGAAAAUCCAAGUAGGAGAGCAGUCUCUGAAUGAGGUUUUCCACAGUCUAAAAGACUUAGUUUCGGAUAUGAUUAUUGGUAUGGAUAUUCUGGGCAAACAUGACUUCCAGAUUGAUUUACGAACCCGACAGAUCCGAUUGAAUGCUAAGUUGAUCCGAAGCUCCGCCGAAGGUUUACAAGUAAACCCGAAGAAAAAUGUUGAACAAACACCGAGAAGUUGA